AUUAAAACUCAAGGAAGAAACUGAAGACGACGAAGAAGACGUGCGUCACACAAAGCAGCGUCAAUGGGAAGAAGCCAUGUUGAGCCUGCUCUCAAUGCCAUGAAUUUAUUAACGCUACAGUAAAUGUAGUGUCAAAAGUGGAUUCACACAGAAACCAGGACGAACGGUAAACCCGUAUCAAAAUGUCAGCGGACGACUUUCAGACUAAGUACGCCUCCGUCAUGGAGAGCAUGCUCAAGAGUGCUGUCGCAGAGACGACUAAACUUUUCGAAACUAUGGUCGACGAGCUGAAGGCAGAAAUAUCCCGAAUCAAGAAGGAGAACGAGGACCUGAAGUCCAGGUGCAGCCGGGUAGAGAGUGCGAGGAGCCGACCGACUGACAGUGCAGGAAGUGAGCCGCCUCCAGGGCCAAACGACGGCUCUGAGAAACGUGACACCGCGACUCAGUGCGAUCUUGUUCCUUUCCACAUGAUGCUGGUAGAACAAUGUCAACCAUUGAGACACUCAUCAUUGCACAACCAGAAGCAACUAUCCAGUUAUGAGGGGAUGGAGUACAUUUUGCAGGACCACAAUUAUGACACCCACGGAGAGGGAGAUUCUCAAAUGGGACUUCUACUUGUCAAACAAGAGUCUGUCUUGAAGGAAGAGGAAACUGAGUCUACUGUGGUCUCAGGGCAAGCCUUGAGUGAUAAAGCAGAUUCACUGUGGGCUUCUGGAACUGACCAUGAAGGGCCUUUAAUUAACAAGGUAUGUUCAACUAGAGAAAUACCUUUGCCUCAAAGACAUGGAGACACCCAACUGGCCCUGGAACCACGCCUUUUGGGAACAUAUAGUAGUUUACAAGGAGGCCAGAACCAGUCAUCUGAACCAGAGCAUUCAUUUGUCAUCUCACUUGCUGCAAUAAAAGAUGACCUAGAAGAAGAGUCUGAUGUCAUUCAAAAGACGUCAGAAGUUGGUUCUCGGGUAGAAUCUGAAAAAUACCAGAUGGUCUUUGCUCAGCAUCAAUCAGAGGCUGGAUUUCUUGAAAAAGAGAAACCAUCAGUGGUCCACCAACAAUGUCGAAGAGAGGGUAAAACAUCAGAAAAUGAACAGACUGAUGGUAUGCACUCUGCAGAAAAACUGUUGGCACAACCUGUACCACUCAACAAAGGAGAAGCAUGUGAUGAAUUAAAAAAUUGUGUUGCAGAAGUUGAUUCUAGCUCCCAGCCAGACAUGCCAGUACGACGUAAAAGAGGACGGCCACCGAAAAAAGCAAAACGUUUGCAACAGAAUGAAAUACUUAAAUCACCAUCUUCUGAUGUUCCAAUAGUGCAAGAAGUGCAGAAAUCCUCUAUGAUAAGAGUGGAAGAGGUUGAGGUCUCAUCUGCAAACGAUACAGCUAAAAUCACUUCACAAACAUCCAGUCCAGUUCAGUCUAAGGAGUCUUCAUCCAUGAUCACUUUCUCAGUCAAGGAGAGUAGAAGAUGCUCCUUUAAAAAGGCAAAGCUAUCUGAAUCUCAACAACCUUCCCUGGAUAUCAAAGAAGGGGUAAUUCGGGCUCCAUCCACCAAAGUUUCCUCUGCAGUUGAAACACAAUACACUGCACCAGCUGAGUCACCACAAGCACCAUCAGUUCAACCCAGAGAACGCUGCACCUCUGUAACUCUUCAGGAUGCAAUGCUUUUAGUCGAAGCCAUGAAUCAGUCAAUGGAAGAAAAUACCCAUGAAGCUGCAGGGAAUCUACGCAUACCCACCCCAACCAAUGAAGCUCAGCCACACAUUAAUGUGGUCAGACCAAAACAACAGCAUGCGGUCUCUCUGUCUAAUACUACUACAUCUUUCAUUCCCCCAUCAACUGCUCCAACUCAGACAAGUGUGCAGUCACUUCAGCAGCACCGUCCCCAUUGUCUGAUAACACCAGUAGCAUCCAGUAGACAAAGUAACACAGUACCACAUAGAAUAAUUUUGCUUCAAAGAUCCUUAUUAAUGCCUCAUAACACUGCAUCACAGACUUCAGCCCAGCUUCCUACUGUUAUGGCAACAGUUUCUGUAGAAAAUAAUAGUACACUUCCAGGCUCUACAGUUGCAGGCUUACCUCCUAAAACACCUUCCUCUGUACCACAGAAUACAGCAGGCCUUACGCUGGCCUCUAAAGACCCGCAGUCAUUGUCUCUACUAUACCCAAAAGUAAAAAUUAUAAUUCCAAGACACAAGUCACCUGUAACGGAAAAGAAAAAUCAGUCACAGAACAUUCAUGUGAGAGCCCAAAAGAGUGACAAUACAUCUUGCUACAAGAAAUCUCCCAUACAAACUGCCUCUGUUUCUGAAACAUUAAAUGCACACACAGAAACCUGUCCCAGUUUAAGUAUACCAGUUGGACUAGUGCCAUCCUCAGUGUCUUCACAGACUUUUGAACAAAAACGCACUGUUGUAGUCAGAUUAAACAAGCUCCGCUUUCCAAUAUCCAUAAAAGAAUCAGUCUUGGUCUCAGAGUGGCCUACAAAUCGAUCUUCUGACUGUCUGUCCAUUUUGAAAGGAGGUAGCACACACGAGAAAUCAUCAUCUGAGGUCAUAUCAAAACAGCCAUCAGAGAUCUGUCCCGAUUUCAAAGAAACUUCUCUCUCUGUGUCUGUAAAUACCUCUCAGAUAUCAGAAGAACCAAAUGAUGUUCAAAAGAAGACAUCAGUAUCCUUGGAAAACUGUACCACUUUGAGAGUGUCACCUACCAGUGGGUAUGUGCUGACAUCUGCACCAUCCAAGGAGUUGGAACAAGUCUUUGAGAAAUCAACAAUAGCCAUCCACAUGACUGAGCCUUCAGCUGUAUCUGGUAUAGCUGGUGAGUGUACUUCAGAUUUGGACAAAGAAAUCAGGAUUGCAGCGCAAGAUUGUGCAUUACCUAAUGAAGGACCUAUAGAAGAGAAACUGUCAGAUGCCCUCUUACAUCUAACCUCCAUCACAUCCAAGGACACAUCUGACCCUCAUUUCCAGAUGACUAAAACCCAGUUCCUGGCACAGCUGGCAGUGGCCCCUGUUACACAAGACCAAGAACAGGUCUCCUCCAAUGACUGUGUAAAUACCAGACCUUCUUGUGCAGAGACCAACAUCAGUAACAAGAAAAGGUUACAGAAAACUUCCCUUCUGGCCCAACUCCGAAGUCAUGUCCAAACACAUUUACAAGCUAAAAGAACCGGAACAAACCCAGAACCUUGCACAGAAACGGAGACACAAACAGAAACCUGGACUUUAAGCUCUAAGAAACCUAGAUUAGAGGGUGACCAUCUAUACAGUAAAAACGCAACUUGUGAUGCUAUUCUCCUGUGCCCAAACAACCCCGGAGCAGCUGAAGAUGUUACAUUUCUAAAAGAGACAACUAAUGACCUUACUCCCAUUAGUUCUAGGGGUUCCGAACUGUAUGAAAAUGAUGUUAAUCCCAGUAGGACUGUAAGUGAAUCAUCUGUCAGUUCAAGUAUGUCUAAAGCUACUAGUGAAUUCACUCAUGUGAGUCCUAGGAGGUCUAACAGAGAUGCUGCUGCUACCCUUAAAGUCACCACAAACUACUCUGUGCGUCCAAGGAGGACUAGUUCAACUAGAGAUAUUGCCAACUCAAAAAUGACAAAAGCUGGUGGCAGUCCCAACAAUACUAAAACCACCCCUUUGCGACCUAAUAGGACUAGUCUGAGAAGAGAGAGUGCUAGUCCUAAAAAGACAAAAUCUACUUCUGUUAGUCCUAGGCCAUCUAGUUUAAGUAAAAAUGGCACUAGCCCGAAUGGUGACAGUUCUAGAAAGUCUAGGGAAACAACUUCUGUUAAGAAACAUAGAUUAAGUCAAGAUGGUACCAGUUCUAAAUUAAGAGUCGUAAUUGCUAAGUUAGGUAAAACAGGGGCAGCCAAAACGAUAGCAAAAAAUAAAAAUUCUAACCAAUCAAAAGUGCAGAAUGGAGCUAAAACAAGCCAGUUAGCAGAGAACCCUGCUAGUUGUGAGGCAUUAAGAAAAUGUACAGCUAAAGCUGUGUGGAUUCCUCCCACACCAACCAAUAAAACACCUCCAGCAGGGGGAAAGAGGUCAGGGCACUCACCGAUAAAGACCGAGACAGUAUCCCCAAAGUCCCCGGAUGAUACACUAGUUUACCCCCACAGUGUUUCUCUCCACCCCAUACCUGUUAAAGCACCACCUGUUGUAUCACCAUUACAGCCUUUAUCAGUUAUUGGCAGGCGUCUACUGAAGAAUCAGUGUGGGGAGUGUGGUCGUGUCCUCAGCAGCAGUGCUGCCCUGGAAAGCCAUGUUAGGCUCCACGCAGGUUGGCGACCUUUCUCGUGCAAACUUUGCGGGAAGGGCUUCACAGACUCCAAGGGUCUUAAACGGCAUGGCCGUGUGCACCGCAAUGGUAGGAUCCAUAUCUGUCAGCAAUGCGGGAAAGGCUUUGUCUACCGAUUUGGCCUCACCAAACACCUCCAGUCCGUGCACCGCAGGAUUAAACCUUACGUCUGUCAGAUCUGCAACAAAGGAUUCUUCACAAAAAUAGACGUAGAAGCCCACAUACGAAUGCACACCGGAGAGAAACCAUUCCAUUGCAACCUCUGUGACAAGAAAUUCACAAGGAGGGUGGAACUAAAUGUGCAUUUAAGGUGGCAUAAUGGAGAGAAGAGACACUGGUGUCCAUACUGUGGGAAAGGAUUUUUAGACUUCAAUAACAUGAAAAGGCACAAGUACAUCCACACAGGGGAGAAACCACAUUCUUGCCCACACUGCCCAAAGCACUUUACACAGUCAGGCCACCUGAAAAAGCAUGUUAAAAAUGUACAUAAAAUUCUCUAAGUGAUGGGCAUCCAAGAUGUGACCAUGUUCUACUAAGAACAAUAAUGUUUUCUAUAAUGGCUUUAAAAGUAUUGUAAUAUUUGCUGCAGAUGGAAUCAAUUUGAUUUUCAUUGUUCUGUAGAGUGAAUGCUAAUGGAGAAUUUUAUGUUGUGUUCACCGGGAACAGGAUCAUUUCUUUUGAUUGUAUUUUUAUAAAUGCUUAAAGGAAUAGUUUAAUAUUUUAGAUGAGACAGUUUUUUUUUUUUUUUUUGCUGAGACAUGAGAGGAUCAAGCUUAAUGUUAAUGCUGUGUGCUAAGUAGGUGUACAGUUUAAACAAAUUCGCUACAGUGUAGCUUUCGAGGUGCAUUUUUCAGCUUUGAACUGAGCCAGGCUUGCUGAUUUCCCCACUCCCUGCCUUUAUGCUACGCUAAAAUAACCGUCUCUGGGUUUCAGCUCCAUAUUACAUGCACAGCUAUGAGAGUGAAACCAUGGCAAGUAAACAGAUAAGCAUAAGUACCAAAAUGGCAAAUUAAUCUUGUAAAGCAAUUUUCUUUAGGGCACUGUGCACACUUGACGUGGUGGAGCAAAGUUGACACAUAAAUUAUGAUGACAAACUUGGCAUUUUUCUUUAUGUGCUGAAUCAGAGAAGAGGUUAGUAAUUAAUUCAGAAUAAAAGCAGUGUUUGUUUAUAACUUAUGUGUACUAUAUGUUUAUAAGUUCUAGUGUGUACACAGUUUCAAGAUGUUGUAGAUUUUGUAAUGGUACUGGAAAAUACUAGGGUUAAAGAUCUAUUAGAAUAAUUUUCAUGCUGUGUUCACAAAAAAAAUCACUCACACUCAAAAGUCACUUAGUUGAAUUGGGUUUGCUCUGAUUGAUUUGAACAAAAACCUGCAGAAUAGUUUGGACAUGCCUGGUUUAUAUAAAUAAUUAUAUUGCUGUCACUUAUGACAUUGUUUUUCACUGCCGUUGUUGCAAAAUGGCAAUAUGGGUUAAUGUAAGGUACUGCUUGUGAAAUAAUUUACCUCCUUUAGAAAAAAGGUGUGUUCACACUGGACAUAAAUGGAAUCUGAAAGCAACUUUCAAGGUUUUGACCAUUGGAAUGUCAGUCUGUGUUUAAUCCCAGAAAAGCUGAUGAAUGUAGCCUUCCAGUUGUCAUAAUUUAUUAUAUGCACAAAUGUUUCACUUAAGUUAAUCUGUUGUUAUUUUGAGCAGACUCACCUUGACUUCAGUUGAAGUCACCUUGAACAAAUCUACAUCUAUUCACCUUUUUUUACGACUUUACAUUUGUGUUGCAUUAGUAAUUACUGGGGCGUAACUUUAGUCGUCGUCUGUGUUGGUGAAGAGCUGAUAAGAUUAGAUAAUGACUCAAACUGAUAUUCAGCCUUUUCUUAUUUUGUUAUUGUGUCUUACAUUGUGCUGUAUUGCAAAAGAUAGUUUGAAGGCAUGUCUUCCAUAUUCUCUGUUCUAAUUACAUUUUAGUAACUGAUGACAUUGAUUCUUCUCUCCAAAUCUUCAAUUCUGAACUUCACUUAACAAAUUGUGCAUAUUCUUUACAUAAGAGGUAUAUUUUCUUGGUCCUGCCAUUUGAGAAAGCAGGUAAUAAAUGUAAAGUUGUUAAUCAA